AAGCGGCACCUUGCUGGGCGCGAAAGCAAGCAGCCUCGGCGUUCCGCUGUGUGAGGAAUUUCUCGCGCAGACACUCCGUCCCGAAAUUUCUACUACAACCUGCGGAACGGGUCCUAUGGUAUCAAAUGCUGGAGUGGAUGGCGGCGCCAGCAGCCGCACCAAUUCUGUGGAGCACAGCUUUGUAAGGG